AUGCUGUCGGCUGUGACCCCUGCGACGACCACAGUGGCCGCGCCGACUGAGACGUCGUUCGCCGCGUCCGCCACGUCUGCCGCAGCUCCAUCUGCAGCAACGUCGCCAGUCGCUGCUCCUCCGCUCGUGUUUCCUUUGCGAGAGACACAGUUGACUGCUGCGGAAAAUAUGUACGAUGCCACGAAGCGCAGCUCAUGGGCACCUUAUUCCCAAGGCAAGGCCGAGCGUACACGUCCUGUGUCUAUGCCGGUGCCCGUGACGAUACCGUCCCAAGACGCCUGGGCGUCGUCAUCGAAGCCGUUGCCAGAAACCCAGUCCCGCGCUCGGCCCAUGUCAACGACCGUGGCUUUCGGCGACGCUGCUGGCCUCACGACCGUUGACUCAGCAACGCCGGUCGUGUCGUCGCAAUCAACGGUACCUACUUCAGCGCCUGCCGUGACGCUUACGUCGCCUCCAACUGAUGUAGCUGGUGCUCCGACGACAUCGCUCUCGACGAUGCCUGUCCUUGCUUCGCAAGCGACGCCAUUGCCGACAGUGGCUUCGUCCACGGUGCCUGCCACAACGACAGUCGUGCCAGCGUCGCGGGCCUCGCUCGAUACGAGUCUUGAACGCUUGCACGUACUGGAAAAGGCCUCCUCCAAGCCCGACACCUCGGGCGUCAGCACCACAACCGUGCACCCGGCGCAAGUGGAUCGCAACCAGACCUGGUGGCGCCAACUGGGCGGGUCGCAGCCCGCAGCUCCCACGACCGCUACUACGCCGAUGACGACGGCCGCGGCCGCCGGCACCACAGGCACCAGCGCCACCGCCGCGACACUCGCCGCGAGCGCAGCGAACGCGUCCGGCCCAGCGCCGGCGGAGCGCAAGUCACGUGUCAAGUCCAUGGACGUCGAACGUGAGCGGCCCAGGAUCGAUGCUCCGUUGUCGCUCGAGGAAGAGCGUCUACAGUGGCAGCGGCGUGAGGCAGGGCGUCUGGAGGGCGAGCGUGCGGAGCGCCAGCGGCGUGAGGCCGAGCGUCUGCACCAGAAAGAACUGGAUCAUGAAUACCGCCAAGCUCGUGAGCGGCUGGAAGGCCAGCACCAGCAGAAACCAGUCAAUACACUGGAGGUCGCGCUGGCCAUGGAGAAGCGGCUAGGCGUCCACUCUGGUCCAGUGGACCAAGCGGCGCUCACGACGCGCAACCCGGAAGAAGUGUUUGUUGAUAUCAUUCGCGUCCUGCAGAAAAUGGGCAUCGCCGUGCGCCAGAGCAAGGGCGAAUUCUCGAUCGAGUGUCUUCGCCCGAAGCGACUGAAUGCCUUGGAGCGUCUCUUUUCCAGCCGUCGUCACGACGACUCUCGCAGCAAGUGGAUGCGCUUUGGCAGUGGCAAGACAAGCAGCGGUGCUGGUCAGCAACAGGCAUCGCGCGUGUCCAUGUCGGAUGUGGAGCGGAAUAUGAACCGUCUGAGCAUGGGGCCCGGCAUGACACAGACUGGAACCGGUGGUGGUCCUGGCGGCAUGAUGUCGACGUCAGCGACGGCCCAAUCGCUCGACUCGUACUCGGUCGCGAACGUGCCGCCUGAGUAUGGCGGCUCCGCGUCAGGUGAUGGCGGUCAUGAAGUGCGCUUCACCGUGGAAAUGACCAGGAUUGUACGCCUCCAAGGCCUUUACAGCGUGGAUAUUCGCCGCAUGAAAGGCAAUGUGUGGUCGUAUAAGUAUUUGUAUGAGUCGCUCUUGGAGCGCCUGGAUCUUGGUAGUCAUGUAUAG